AUGGCUCAAGAUCAUAUCAGGGCACCGGUCAUUCAUCUAGAUGGAAGAACGCUCGAAGGAGGGGGCCAACUUGUGCGGAUUGCCAUCGCGCUCUCAGCUUUAACAAGCCAGCCUAUCACGAUUGACAAUAUCCGAUGCAACCGACCAGGGAAGAAAGGGCUCAAGGGCUCACAUCUCGCCGCGAUCCGAUAUCUCGCACAGGUGAGCGGAAGUUCUACUGCCGGUGCAGAAAUAGGAUCGACAUCGUUGAGCUUCUAUCCACGAGCCGCGCAGACGCCAAGGAAUCAAGACCAUGAGCGGGGGAAAGCGAUCCAAUCACAUAUCAAUGUCGUGCUUACAACAGCAGGUUCGGUGUUUCUAGUGUUCCAAGCACUGUAUCCUUAUAUUCUGCACGCAGGAGCCAUUUCUUCCGUUUCCGAGCGCCGGAUUACUCUAUCUAUUGUCGGUGGGACCAACGUGUCGUUCUCGCCGUCAUACGAUUACGUAGCACAGGUCCUAGUGCCUAAUUUCGCCCGAGUCGGAUUGCCUCGUCUCUCUGUACGGCUAAUCAAACGAGGAUGGGGGACAGGGCCUUUCAGUUUGGGCAAAGUGAAUUUUGUUGUGGAUCCGCUCGCGUUGUGCAAAGAUGAAAAUAGAGUCGGGUCGAGUCCUCAAUUCCCGCCCAUGAACAUUGGUCAAUAUCAGCGUGGGACAAUCAGCCAGGUUGAAAUUACCGUUUUAGCGCCCGACGAUCCAUUUUCCAAGAGCCCGGGGAGACAUGUCCCGGGAAAAGGGAGGAGACACAGAUUUGGUGGGACGCAGUCUCGGGGCCAUAUGCCCAGGAGCGGGCAAAACAACGAUGAUUCAGUAGACCAAACUGGAACGAUCCGACAAUUUGUUGAGAAUGAAACCAUUCGCAGCCUCCGCAAGGGGCUGAAAAAUUUACCCUCGUGGAUUUUCACCACCGGAGAAUCGUCUUCCAAUGCGGCUUUCUGUCCUUCUCGUACAAAGAGCGACGGCAACGGAGUUCCUGUCCACAUUAACAUGACCGAGGUCACGCACCAUUACUCGCACGUAUACAUACUGAUCGUCGCACAUACAUCGACAGGGUUCAGGGUGGGACACGAUGCACUCUUUGGGGUCGACAAGGGCGACUCUCAUGCGCGGCAAGCGCGGCAUAGAAAACGGGGCGGUCCGGAGGCGAUGGUGGCUGUAAGAGAUUUAGUGGAGCGAUGUGUAGAGGGGUUCCUUGAGGAAUUGUAUGAUGCUCGCCUGCAGCAAGAUGCCGACAAUGGAGGGAAACGCCCGCCCUGUGUCGAUAGAUUGCUAAGAGAUCAGUUGGCGAUUUUCGAGGCGCUGGGGCGAUCGACAACCGAAUUGAGGGAAGACGGAAGGGAAGAUGAGCGAUAUUGGAGUCUUCACAUGCAAACGGCGCGUUGGGUCUGCGAAGAAAUGCUGAGUCACCGGACACCUGAUUUACAUACAUUAAAGCCCUAG